ACAAUAAAAUUAAAAUAUCAGUUGUGAUUAUGACUUUGGCAUGAUGAGGUCGUCAAGUAAAUUACUGUGGGUGCUUUUAGCAUUUUUUUAUAUUCAAAGGAAAAAUUCAACUGCUUUAAGAUUAAAACUUCCAUUGCUUACAUCAAAUGAGAAUAACUAUCAAGCAAAUAAUGAUCCGUUAAAAGAAAACGUUCAUAAUAUCGAUUUUCGUUUACCAAAAAAUUUCAUUCCUUUGUCAUAUACAAUAAUUUUAAAUCCAAUUUUGGAUGAGGUUCAAAAUUUUACAUUCACUGGUAAUGUUACCAUUUUAACCCGUGUUGAAAAAGUAACGGAUGAAUUAAUUUUACAUCAUGGAAAAAGCAUUGCUAUUGAUUCAAUUGCUCUAAUAAAUAAUAAAGUCGGGGCUUUGGAUGUACGAGGAGACAAUUAUUAUGAAAAAACAGAAAAACAUGUAUAUAUACUAAAUAAGUAUCUGCCUGAAAAAUCUAUAACUGAAAUAAAAAUAAAUUAUAGUGGAAUUUUACGCGAUGACAUGAUUGGUUUUUACAAAAGUUCAUAUCUUAAUGGACCUGGUAAAGUCACGUGGCUAGCCGCAACUCAAUUUCAAGCGACUCAUGCAAGACAUGCUUUUCCAUGUUUUGACGAGCCGAGUUUGAAGGCUAAUUUUACUAUCGUUAUUAGACGACCUCAAUCAUUUUCGAGUUUAAGUAAUAUGCCGCUAAAAAAAACUGUUGCAAUUGGUGACGGAUUGGAAUCUGAUACUUACAUUAGUAGUGUACAAAUGUCGACUUAUCUAGUAGCAUUUAUUGUGUCUGAUUUUAAAUUUAAUGAAGACAAAAAAAAUAAUUUUAAAAUCUGGGCACAACCUAUAGCUAUUAAUUUAACUGACUAUGCAUUACAAAUUGGUCCUAAAUCACUGGAUUAUUUGAGCAAUUUAUUUAAUGAAAGUUAUCAAUUACCAAAAAUGGAUAUGAUAGCAGUACCAGAUUUUUCUGCUGGAGCUAUGGAAAACUGGGGCCUUAUAACUUAUCGAGAAACUCACUUACUGUAUGAUAAAAAUGAAUCUUCAGACAUUGCUCAACAAAGAAUUGCCUCUACAAUUGUUCAUGAGUGUACUCACAUGUGGUUCGGAAAUUUAGUUACUCCAGAAUGGUGGGGAUAUUUGUGGUUAAGUGAAGCAUUUGCGAAUUAUUAUCAAUAUUUUGCUACAUCUCAGAUCGAGCCAAGUUGGAAAAUGGAUCAACAAUAUAUUGUAGAUCACCUUCAACCAGUGCUUCAAGAUGAUGGACUAAAUUCAUCAAAACCAAUGACACGGGAAGUAAACUCGUCAGAGGAAAUCGGUACAACAGGUGAUAUAAUUACGUAUUCCAAAGGUGGAAGUAUUUUACGAAUGAUGGAACUUACUUUCGGCUCAAACAUUUUCAACUCUGCUAUUCGAGAUUAUCUCAAAACAAAGAAAUAUCAAUCGGCAACUCCGGAUGAUCUUUGGAACUCAUUUCAACGUAAAAUUAAUUUAACUAAUGAGAAAAUUCUUUCAUCUAUUAAAAUCUUAAUGGAUUCUUGGACACGCCAAGCAGGUUAUCCUGUAAUAACAGUUACUAUGGAAAAUGGAUUCGCUAAAUUACAGCAGGAACGAUUCCUUCUUAGAGAAAAUUUUGAAUCAGCGUCUAAAAACGUUACUUGGUGGAUUCCUGUAACUUGGACAACAGAAACAGAAAAAGAUUUUCAAUCAACUUCAUCGAAACAUUGGUUUAAUACGAAAAAUUACGAAAUCAAGUUGAAUGCUGAUAAGUGGGUUAUUUUCAACAUUCAACAAUCUGGUUUUUAUCGCGUAAAUUAUGAUAUCCAGUCAUGGUAUCGUAUUAUCAAUCUAUUAAACAGUGACUCGUUUAAAGAAAUACACGUGAUAAAUCGUGCUGCUAUCAUUGAUGAUUUGUUAAAUCUUGCUCGAGCUGGCCUUGUUCCUUAUACUAUCGCUUUUAAUGGACUCAAAUAUAUAACAAGAGAAACUCAAUAUUUGCCUUUUAAGUCAGCUCUUGCUGGGCUUGAUUAUUUACACAAACGUUUCGAUGGCCGGGCAGACUAUGACCUAUUUGCUAACUUCAUUUUAAAAUUAAUAACACCUAUGUAUGAAAAUCUGGGAUUUGAAGAUAAGGCUACUGAUGAUCGAUUAACAAUUCUUUUAAGAUCCGAACUUAAUUAUUGGGCUUGCAAACUCAAUCAUACAAUAUGUGUCGAAAAAUCAUUAAAGUAUUUUAGAGAUUGGAUGACAGAUUCUACAAAGACAAUUCCUAAAAAUUUGAAAAGUGUAGUUUAUUGUACUGCCGCACGAUUUAGCUCAAUUACCGCAGAUGAUGGUGCAAAUGAUGAAUACAAUGCACUAGCUGGAAUACUACAUCACUUUACAACAGAUACUUUGACAGUUUUGGGUGCACAAGCUUGUACGCAGCAUAAAAAAAUCUUAAAAUUGUUACUACAAAGAACGCUUGGAGGAUUUGAAAAAAGCGGUAUUCGGAAACAAGAUGGAAUUUAUGUUUUCCAAUCCGUUGCAAAGUCUAGUCUAAUUGGUGCGGAAUAUAUUCUAGAAUUCAUUACUGAAAAUUAUGCAGAGAUGCUGAAGUAUUUUGGUGAUAACGGUUCUAUUGUUAGUAUAAUAUCAACCGCAUCUCAACAUUUUUCAACACCAAGUCUCGUAAAAAAAUUUGAAAUCUUCAUCACAAAUAUCAGCAAAAUUUUAGAAUCUACUGUUAUUGAUUCACUUAAGUCGUCUUUAAGACUUUCGCAGUUUGAGCUAGAUUUUUACGAAAAACAUUCUGCGAGCAUAAUUUCGUGGAUUACAGCAUAUCAUGGAGAAAUUAACGAAGAAAAUGUAACAGUCUCGAACGAAUACCGGCUUCCUACUAAUAUCAUUCCUAAACAUUACAAUAUCAAGUUAACCCCGUUCAUUGUACCGAAGAAUUUCACUUUCGAAGGCCGAGUUGAAAUAAUAGCUACUAUUGUGAAUACUACUAAUGAAAUAAUUCUUCAUAUUGAUGAUAUUCAAUACAAUGCCGUUACUUUAAAUGUCGAUGGCAAGCAUAUUAAAACCAAAGCAAUAACAUCGGAUAAAAAACAUCAUUUUAUAAGUAUUACUGCAUUUGAACAAAUGGUCGAAGGAUCUGAAUUAAAUAUUACAAUUGAAUAUAUCGGAAAUCUUAAUAAUCAAAUGCGAGGUUUCUAUCGAAGUUCUUAUAUAGAUGAUUUUAACAAAACAAAAUGGUUAGCGGCCACUCAUUUAGAACCCGUUGGAGCCAGGAGAGUAUUUCCUUGUUUCGAUGAACCCGGCUUAAAAGCUACUUUUCAAUUGAGCGUUAGUCGGUCAGCAGAUUACAAAGCUAUAAGCAAUACCUUAUUAAAAUCAACAAUUAGAGAAGGUGAUCGAUAUUUAGAUAUUUUUGAGACAACACCAAAAAUGUCGACUUAUCUACUAGCUCUCGUUGUCUCAGACUUCGGCCAAGCUAGUCACGAUUCGAGUUAUUCUGCGUGGGCUCGACCGAACGCUAUUGUCCAAGCCGAUUAUGCAUCUUCUAUAAUGAAACCGAUUGUCAAUUUCUUCGAAAAAUCUCUCGGUCAUCCUUAUCAAUUGCCUAAAUUAGAUAUGAUAGCUUUGCCAGAUUUUGCAUCAGGUGCGAUGGAAAACUGGGGCCUUAUUACGUAUCGAGAAACUAAUAUGCUUUAUCAUCCUGAUUACUCUCCAAUUGUAUCAAAACAAGCGAUUGCUAAUGUAAUUUCUCAUGAAAUUUCUCAUCAGUGGUUUGGAAAUUUAGUCAGUCCACAGUGGUGGAAUUGUGUUUGGCUUAGUGAAGGAUUUGCCCGAUAUUAUCAAUAUCAUGCAACAGCAAAAGUUGAAACAGAAUGGGGUCUAGAGUCGCAGUUUGUUGUUGAACAACUUGAACCAUCAUUUGCCGUAGACGGUUUACUUUCAAGUCAUCCAAUGUCUCAUAAUGUCAAUAGCCCAUCUGAAAUAAGCGGCAUUUUUGAUACAAUAUCGUAUUCAAAAGCGGGAAGUGUUUUACGUAUGAUUGAAAAAAUUUUUGGAACCCAAGUAUUUUACGCAGCAAUCAAUGAUUAUUUAAAUAUGAGGAACUAUUCAAAUGCAAUACCAGAUCACUUAGUUACAGCUUUUCAAAAACAAACAGACAAAUUAAAUAUGAAACUGAAUGUUAAAACUAUUAUGGAUUCUUGGACUACUCAAGCAGGAUUUCCAGUACUUAAUGUUAAAAUUGAUAAAGAAAUUGUUGCGUUUUCACAAGAACGAUUUUUAUUACAAAAGCCUAAUGGGGUUUCUGUUAACCAACUUUGGUGGAUUCCUAUUACUUGGACAUCAAGUUUGACACCAGAUUUUUCUACUACAACUCCUAAGUAUUGGUUGAAUAAAACUGUAGACUUCAUUAAAAUCAACGAUACAUCUAACAGCGAAUGGAUUAUUUUUAAUGUUCAACAAGCUGGGUAUUAUCGAGUAAAUUAUGACAAUUUGUCAUGGUUUCGUAUUAUACGAGUUUUAAAAAGUGUAGAGUUUGAAAGGAUUCAUGAAAUCAAUCGUGCGUCAUUACUUGAUGAUGUAUUCAAUCUCGCUCGUGCUGGAUACAUUAAAUAUUCUAUUGCCCUAAAUUUAACUCAAUAUUUAUCUCAAGAAGUCAAUUACAUUCCGUGGAAAGCUGCUUUUGAUGGUCUUUUUUAUUUGAAUACAAAAUUCGCUGGCAAAGAUAUUUAUAACUUAUUUCGAACUCAUGUUUUAACAAUACUGGAACCAAUUUACAAAAAAUUAAAUUUCAAUGAAGCUAAAAACGAAACUCAUUACGAUAAAAUUUUAAGACGAUACGUGAUUAAUUGGGCAUGUGGAUUUGGCAUAAAAGAUUGCAUCAAUAACUCUAUAACAUUAUUUGCUGCAUGGAAAUCAAAUGAAUCAAAAUUAGUUCCUGUAAAUCUUCGAAAUACCGUAUAUUGCAGGGCAAUAACUUAUGGCAGUCAUGAUGACUGGGAAUUUUUGUGGAAAAAAUAUCAAACAGAAAAGUUUGUACAUGAAAAACAAGUUAUUAUGAGUGCUCUUGCAUGUUCUAAAAAUGCAUCACAGCUAAAUACAUUAUUACUCAGUGCCAUAACUGAAAAUUCAGGAAUACGGUCUCAAGAUAGUUCGACUGUUUUUGCGGCUGUUUAUAAUUCGGGAUUAUUUGGAGCUGAAAUAGCUCUAAAUUUUGUCGCUCAAUAUCACGACGUUAUGUUCAAAUAUUAUGGAGAUUAUGACAGCAUCGGAAAUAUUUUAAAUGGUAUAUCAUCACAGUUUUCAACAAAAGAAUUAGUAUUAAAAUUCCAAAAUUUCAUUACGACGCAGCAUAAAAAUAUGUCAAAAAUAGAAGAGUUCCUUAAGUCAUAUUUGGCUCGUGCUUAUGAAGAACUUGAUUGGUAUGAUAGUUAUAGUCCAGAAAUCUUCGAGUGGCUCGACAAAACUUACCCUAAUGCUGAUUAUCGUCUUCCGAAAACCAUUUAUCCAACCACUUACACAAUAAAUCUCACUCCUUAUCUCGAUGAUAAUAAUUUCACAUUCGAUGGUCAAGUACAAAUUAAUAUGACUGUGACAAGAAAUAUUUCAAGUAUUGUAUUGCAUGCAAAUAAUUUAAAGAUAAAAAGGAUAAAUGUACAUGAGAAUUCUAUAAAAAAUCUUAAAGUAUCAAGUUAUUUUAUAAAUUCGACUACUAAUAAAUUUAGUAUCUAUCUCGCAUCUACUGUAAAUGUUGGAUCGUUUCUGACUGUCGACAUUGAAUACUCUGGAAUUUUAAAUGAUAAUAUGGAAGGUUUUUAUCGUAGUUAUUACAAAGAUGAUAAUGGAAACACUCAUUGGUUGGCAACAACACAAUUCGAGAAAUUUGGUGCUAGGCAAGCUUUUCCAUGCUUUGAUGAACCAGCAUUCAAAGCUAAAUAUAAUAUUAAUAUUCAAAGACCAAAUAACUAUCAUUCUCUCAGUAAUAUGCCAUUGAUUAAAUCUGUUCCUUCUGUAAAAACUAACUGGACCUGGGAUUAUUAUAAACAAAGUGUAUCUAUGUCAUCUUAUCUCGUGGCUUUUAUAAUUUCUGAUUUUGAACCUGCUACGAAUAUCAAUAAAACUUUCAAAGUUUGGUCUCGACCAAAUGCUGUUCAGUAUGCUGUUAAUGCUUUGGAAGUCGGACAAAAAGCAUUGAAAUUUUUAGAAGAUUACACUGGAAUACCGUAUCCAAUUGAAAAAAUGGAAUUUGCCGCCAUUCCUGAUUUUGCUGCUGGCGCCAUGGAAAAUUGGGGACUUGUUACUUUCAGAGAAUAUGGAUUAUUAUCAAAGGAAAAUAUAACCUUAACGUAUUAUAUGAGGUAUCUUAAGACUGUUAUUGCUCAUGAACUCGUACACAUGUGGUUCGGGAAUUUAGUUACUUGUGAUUGGUGGGAAUAUCUUUGGCUUAAUGAAGGAUUUGCUCAGUACUUUGAAUGGAUAGUCAUUGAUUCGAUUUACCCGAAAGAUAAUCUAAUGCAGCAGUUUACUGUAUACGAACUACAAACUGCAUUAUUGAAAGAUUCGUUUAUUCACAUGAGACCAAUGAAUAAUAAAAUGAAAAAUCCGUACGAUGAGGGAAAAGAUUUUACAUCAGUUGUAUAUGGAAAAGCUGCAAGUGUGAUUCACAUGAUGCACCACGCAUUCGGUAAAGAAAUAUUUAAAAAAUCUUUGCACAAUUAUCUUGAUGCAAAUAAAUACAAUACAGGAAAACCAGAAAAAUUAUGGUCCGCUUUUCAAAUUAACGUUAAUAAAAAAGGAGGACUCGGAACUAAUGAAACCAUUUCUACUAUAAUGGAUUCUUGGACAAGUCAAGCAGGGUAUCCUGUAGUCGGGUCAAAUGUUAUUGCUGGGUCACUUAUUCUUACACAAGAACGAUUUUUGAUUACGGGACGUAAUAAUUCUGCUGAAGAAUUGUAUUGGAUACCUGUGACAAUCGCAUCUAAAUCUAAUCCUAAUUUUUCAAAUACUACUCCAGCUCUAUGGUUCGGAAGUCGUGGAAUAGUAACUGAAGAAUUCAACCUUCGUGAUGAGUGGUAUAUUAUCAAUGUUCAACAAGUCGGAUUUUAUCGUGUUAACUAUGAAACAGACAAUUGGAUUAAUCUGGUUGAUGCAUUGAAAUCUAAAAAUUUCGGGGGGAUUCCCGAAAUCAAUAGAGCUCAAAUAAUUGAUGACUUGCUCCAUCUAGCGAGAGCUGACUACAUUUCUUAUGACCUUGCACUACGUGGUACAACAUAUUUAAUUAAAGAAGAAAAUCAUCUUCCUUGGCGAUCAUUUUUCAGUACUGUGAGAUUUUUAAUCGAUCGAUUCGAUGGCCAUGACGUAGGGACACUUUUGAAAGAAUAUGUUUUAAAAUUAAUCGAACCUAUUUAUCAGCAAUUAGGUUUUGAAGACAAGUUUAAUGAUACUGAGUUACAUAAAUUGAACAGACAAUUGAUUUUAUCAUGGGCCUGUCAAUUUGGUCAUGCUCAUUGCAUUGAUAAAGCAAAACAAAUAUUUUCUAUUUGGCGAGCAAUGGAAUUUUAUAUUUCCCCCGAUUCAAAGCCUGCGAUUUUGUGUACGGCUUUGAAACAUGGAACCUAUGACGAUUGGCAGUUUCUGUGGGAGCAAUAUCGGGCAUCAAAUUUCGAAUCUGAAAAAGUUUUGAUUUUAUCAGCACUGGGAUGCACUCAAAAUAAAACAGCUAUUAACAAAUAUCUCAAUAUUGCUAUUUCAUCUGAUGGUUCAAUACGUAAUCAAAAUAUUGGAAAUGUCUUCUUGUCGGUUUAUUCUGCCGAAAAAUAUGGCGUGGAUGCUUCAAUUGAAUUUUUUACGACAAAUUACGAAGCUAUUUAUAAAUUUUACAAAAGUUGGGGCCCUGUUGCAAAUAUAUUUUCUAAUAUCGCUGUAAAAAUAUCAACUGAAGAUCAAAUUCAAAAGCUAAUUUCAUUUGUCCUGAGCAAUGAAAAAAAAUUAGCAGAAAUUCGUGACUCGUUAGAUGAAUCGAUCAUGAAUGCAAGAAAUAAUCUAAAUUGGUCUGGGAAUCACUAUGAAAAAAUUUUCGGUUGGUUGGUCGAACAGAAAUCUGCAAAAGAACCAUCAUAUGAUACGGAUGCUAUAACACAAACUCGAGGUGCAGCCAGUUCUGUAAAACCAUUAUCAUUGAUUUUCUUCUUUAUCAUUAGUAUUAGUCUAAUAUAAUAAAAUAAAUGAGUAACCUUGAUAGCCAAGUUGGCAGCAACCUACUACAGCAACUUGAUGCCAAAUUGACCAUAAAAGUUUGCACUUCCAAGUGUUGAUGAUUUCUGAGGAAGUUGGUGGCAAAAGUUGGCAUUCCAUUAGUUGUCUUCAAUUUUCUCAGAAAGUUGGCGGCAGUCGAUUGUUGCCAACUUCCUGGGAAAGUUGAAGUCAACAGUUACAAGAGCUGAAAGUUGUCAUCAGCUUGAUCGCAACUAAUGUACACUAAUUUUUUGAUCAGAAAGUCUGGCUAUCAAGGAAAUUCUUACGGAAUGUAGUAAUUAGGAAAUAAAUAAAAAUUUUAUACAAAUUAA